AUCGAGUCUUUGACCGCCAUCCCUGCCCACUGAUAUCUGCAAAAGCUCUCUUAACUAGCAUCAUCCAUCCAGCCAUUGAUUCCACGAGAACCUCAGAUCCCCAGCCCAAACCUCACCAUGUCCACCGCGCCAUCCCUCUCAACCCGCGCCGUCAGCAGCUGGGAAGCCAACGCCAGCUACUGGGACGCCACCAUCACCCGGGAAGGCAACAAGUACUGGCGCCGUCUGCAAGAGCCCUGCCUCGGCCGGCUGCUGGGGUCCACGCUUGAGAACGGACUCCACGGAGGCUGCAAGGCGCUCGACCUGGCGACGGGCAACGGCCUCUGCGCGCGAUGGCUGGCCCGCCACGGAGCCCGGUCGGUUCUGGCGACGGACGCGAGCGAGAAUAUGCUGGCGUUGGCCAAGGGGCAUUGCGAGGUCGGGACGCCGGACGAGAGGAUCCGUUUUGGGCGGGUGGAUGUUACGAGCGGUGGGGAUAUGCGGCGCUUGGUGGAGGAGGAAGAGGGAGGCUUUGACGUGGUGUUGAUGAACAUGGCGGUCAUGGAUGUGGCAGAUCUGGAGCCGCUCGCGAAGGCGCUGGGUGGGGGGUUGUUGGCCAAGGGGUACAACCCGACUACGGGCGAUGAAGAGAUUGUAAGGGGGAAGGUGAUCAAGGAGUACAUGUCUGUGCCGCCGGCCAUGGGCAUUGCGGUGCCGGGGCAACCCGAGAAACAGCAGCUCUACUUCCACCGACCAAUGCACGAGCUCUUCGCGACCUUCUUCAAGGCGGGUCUCGUCAUGGAUGCCAUGGAGGAGCUCGCCUUUACCGAGGAGGAUGCAGAGGAGGACAGAAUCGAGUCCACCACGAAUUUCCCACAGCUGCCCGCCAUUCUGGCGUUCCGGAUGCGGUUGCGGUAGAAUGAGAAGGAGAUUACCAGGCGAAUCAUAGGGUUGAUUGGAAGAGUCACAGGGCCCUGAAAACCGACAGGGAAAGAAGCACGGGUAAAGUAAGCCCCGAAAAGAGACUUGCGUGCAGCUAGACGAAGAGGUAUACAACACAGAUUGAUGAGUGUCAAGACAUAUACAACCAGACGUACACCAACAAGGCAAGGUUGAGUCGGCAACGGAAUCGAAGUCUGUCUACUUCC